AUGAACAACAACUUCCGGAGGAGCAUAUCCGAAGACUCUACUUGGGGCAACUACAUUGUGGCUCAGAGCCCCUUUGACGAAGGAUCGUCAGUGAACUUGUGGCGGCUCAUCUACCACCAGAACGUCUCCACCGUCGUCGUUUUGUCCAGGACCAUUGAGGACGGCACGCGCAAGUGUCAUCAGUACUGGCCGGAUAUAGGCAAGAUCAAGCUCGGAAAAUUCAAGAUAUCCGUGUUCAACACCGUGUCCGCCCUGCGCGCCGAGCGUCCCCACAUGAUCCAGACUUUUCACCAAUAUGUCUUUCUCUACGAUGCGGUUUUCGAGCACCAACACGCGGGGAACACUGUCAUGGGGGACAACUUCCGUGAAUGUUACCAGAUGCUCGUGAAGCGCAACCCCGUGACCGGCCGCUCGUACCUCCGCGACCAGUUCCUCCUGCUGCGGCUGGGAACCUGGGCUCCAGACGCAACGCCUUCUUCGUGGACAGCUACCCAGGCGCCAUCACUACGUGCUGAGCCCCACUCCACGCCGUAUGAGGUGUGCGACUUUUGGCAGCUGGUGUACGACAACAACAUCACCGCCAUCAUCAUGCUGGACGAAGACGUGACGGUGUGUUCGACGAACAGUCGAAGGCAGCAAGGGCUGUACUGGCCCAAGUCUGGGUCACUGCAAUGGGAGCCAUUUAUAGUGGAACUGGUGGGCAGCAACUCGCAAAACGGAAUCCUGACCCGCACUUUGACCUUGGUCCAUAAAUAUCAUAGACACGAAGAUCCCAGGUGCAUCAGACAGUUCCACUUCCGCGACUGGGGCCAAGUGACCGGAUGCUUCCGAAAGACGAUGGAGAAGAGCACCCAGGCCUCUUCCCAGCACGGCAGGCAGAAACUGCUGCAGAUGCUGCACCUGGUCAAGAUGUGGCAGGACCAGUGCAGUCUCGACUCCACUCCUGUCCUGCUGCACUGCGCAGACGGCGUCAGCGGAAGUGGCGUGGUGGUCGCCUUGGCGCUGAUCAUCCGUCGCAUGAGGGAGGAGGGACAAGUUAGCGUGUACCGACAAGUUCGCAAACUCCACAAAUGUUCCUCCAACAUCAUUGGCGCUUUCGAGCAGUACAAGUUCUUGUACAAGUGUCUCUGGGAUUACACCAACAUGAAUAAGCCUGGUGGAGUUUUUUCUGCUGGUCUGGAUAGUUAUCGCAGUAGCUAUCCUCAGGGAUUGAAUGGACUUGGAGAGUGGCGGCAAAGCUUCGCUGGUCCAGACAACAUCUACAACGACUUAGAUCAGGAUUCCAAGAGCAGCAGCAGCAGCAGCAGCUCGUCGGACGACAGGAGCCCCAGAGCCUCCAAGCGACGUUCCCACGCUAGGCAGUGGUCUCCCGGCCACCAGAAUAGUUUCAGCUACCUGCGGCGUCAGGGUUCACUGGGGUCACGGCGUUUCUUGAGUCCGACAAUGGAGCUACUGUCGCCGGGCAAUCUCUCUGCCAAACCUGUUUACUCCAUCUCGGGUAGCAGUGCUUCCACUGACGAUUACUCCGCAGACCUCCCGACAAUGACCGUGCCCUCCAUCUUCGUUCGCAAGUCCACGCAACCGCGGCUGUCGCGUCAGACCUUCCGAUCCUCUCCCAGCCUGGUCUCCCGGCACCUGAGCUGGUCACCGGCCCGGGGGAGCGUUUCUCAGAGGCUAUCUUACAGCGCCCCCAAGCGUCGCUCGACGUUAUCACCGGGAUACCGUUACAGCAUGCACGGGAUGAUGACCACCAGGGAUAACAUGGGGAAGAUGGCGACCUCUAGGGACGCGGAUACUUUCUAUUUCAAGCAGCACUCGUUGUACCCCGACCUCUCUGCUCAGACUGGGGUCGUGCAAGAGUCCGGCACCAGCAACAGUUACGUCAGCUCGUUGUCUGCGUCGCAUUUGAGCACAGCUGGCGGCGGGACCUUCAAGCGGUCAUCGGUUUGGACCACAUCCGGGUCACCUGUUGGGCGGAGCAAUGUGAAGUCACCUUCUCCCAGGAAUCUCUCUGCUUUACCCAUUCGCCGAAGUUUCCCAUCUCUUUCCUCCCCGAAUCGGCGGCUGACGUCCCCUCACAACACCCUCCAGGUGCCACAGCGACAGAGUCUUGCCAGACAGAGGUUCGUGGACCAACGUUCGUCAUCAGCCGCAGCCAGGGUCAGCCCACAAAGGUCGGAGAGCCGUGUGAAAAAGGUGACAGAGCUGCUCGACGACGAUGGGGUCUUCUACCACAGCGAGGUGACGGAUACGGUCAUGAAUAUCUCCUCCUCAUCCGAUAACAUCUAAUCGUCUCACGCGAAGCCUCUCUUACUUCUGUCGACCUGAUACACCGUCAACUGACACACCAAGACAACAGUACUUGUCUUAUUCUGUCUGACGACUUUCAGAUGCUUGACUCUCGGUAUUUUUGCUGUAUUCUUUAUCUUCUUCAUUUUUUUAAAAAAAAAACCUUCAUCGUUUCUUUGUCUUUCUAUACUAGGACUGAGCAUUUGUUUGAUAGUCCCACAACAUUAACUGACUAAACAACAGACUAAACAGUUUUUCAUGGUUUAUUCAGUCGGUUCGUGCCAGCAAAAACUUAUUCUGCUCCUUGUGGCGAUCGUGCUGCUUCGCUUUCUUUGAUUUACGCCUUAAUAUUCUAUUUUCUGUCUUCGCCAAAAAUAUUGUGUUUAAACCUUCCAAGAAAUAGAACACUUCUUCAUUUUAUCUGUUUUUGUUUACCAAUUUUCUCGAGUUUUCCCACUCGUCAUCUCUCUCCAUGCACGCACGAACUCCUAAAACACACACACACAUACAAAUCAGACUUUUUUCAGGGUCUCGAGCUCUGACCUCGAUGGUUGACCUGCACUUACACUUGCCAAUCAAACCAAAGCAGGACUCACGAGAAGUUGAACAGUCUCGACACAGAUAAAAAUAUUUCCAGCUCUCUUGCGAAUCUUAUUUAGGUUGUAUUAAGUGUUUACAAAUCAUUAAAAGAUUUGGGGGUAACUUUUAAAACACUUCCACGUUUGUUUUCUUUUGUUCAUGAUGAAUAAAAGACAUAUGCAGUAUUUGUUGGAGGGAUGAUACACAAGUAACAUGUGGACAUUUCUGAGAGCCAGAACACACGCUUUACAAAAAUCCCUCCUUCGUGUUCAUUCCGACAUUCCCCCAAAUACUAUUGUAAAAAAAAAAAAAAAAAAAUGGAAGGACGUAGUUACUUUCAUCUGUUGCGCUGUUUGUAUUCCUUUAUAGACCUGAUCUCCUGUUCCGGCCAUUUGAACUCCAACUACAAUAAUACUUAAAUGAUGAUUGAAAAAUGGACAAUACAAUCAAAACGUGGUUUCACCAGGUAGACUCCGCUGUCGCCUCUUAUCAUAAAAUCAAAAAAUCAGAUCUUCCUUUCAAGGAAUUUGUUGGAAGCUAUUUCGAUCUUAACCCCUCCAGCCAUCUAGUUCUCGCCACUGUCAGAUGUAAAGAUGAGAGGUGUCGGCUGGGAAAGUAGCACAUUAUCGUUCUUUCUUAGUUGCAGGUCAUGAAUAUUUACAGACCUUUCAGUACCGGGAUCGAAGGCCUA